AUGUCAGCAGGUAUUCCAGUAAGACUUCUAAAUGAAGCACAAGGUCAUAUAAUAUCAAUAGAAUUGGUAAAUGGAGAUACAUACCGUGGAAAACUAUUAGAGAAUGAAGAUAAUAUGAAUCUAUCCCUAUACGAGGCAACUAUAACGCAAGGCAAGUCAGGAAAAGUAAGUCAUAUGGACCAAGUGUUUAUAAGAGGAUCAAUGAUUAGAUUUAUAUCUGUGCCUGAUAUAUUGAAGAAUGCUCCCAUGUUUUUCAUGAAACCAGGAGAUAAACCAAAACCACCAAUAAGAGGCCCCCCACCAAAGAGAAAGAGAGUAUGA